UGGAAGGAUCUUCUCUACCACAGUUAAUCUUUCUGAUGUCACUGGUAAGCUGCACAGCAAAUCAAGUUCAUCUGACUGUGAGUCCCAGCAGCUCUCAGCUGUUUAAAGAUGAAUCUGUGACUCUGAGCUGUGAGGAGGACGACAGCUCUGCUGGAUGGACUCUGAGAAGAAACACAAGCAUACACACCAGAACUGAAUGUGGAGUUAAAUUUGGAGAAAUACAUGGGUCUUCCUGUGAAAUCAUCUACAUCGAGCCAUCUGAAAGUGGAGUUUACUGGUGUGAGUCCAGAGAGGGUCGCAUCAGUAACGUGGUUAACCUGACAGUCACUGGUGGAUCAGUGAUCCUGCAGAGUCCUGUCCUCCCUGUGAUGGAGGGAGAUGACGUCACUCUGCUCUGUAAAACAAAGACCAAUCCCUCCAACCUCCCAGCUGCUUUCUUCAAAGAUGGAGUCUUCAUCGGGAAAGAGCCUACAGGUCACAUGACCAUCCAGCAUGUUUCCAGGUCUGAUGAAGGCCUCUACAAGUGUGACAUCAGCGGUCAUGGAAAGUCUCGAUCCAGCUGGAUCACUGUCACAGGUAAACCUACAACCACACCUCCACCAACCACCUCAACUCCACCCAGUUCCGGAGCUUCACCCCCUGUCUCAAGCACUUAUUUUGACUUUACACUGAUGCGUUAUCUGAUGGUGUUCUGUCCUUACUGCAUCUCCACCCUCCUUAUGGCUAAGCAGGUAUUGGACAAGGAUGUUGAUGACAUCACAAAACAGCAUCACUUUUGA